CACACACACACACACACACACACACACACACACACACACACACACACACACACACACACACACACACACACAGCAUGCAGCAUUCCAGGCAGCGUGUUUGUCAUUGGGUGUUUUCGUAGGAGGACUGUGCUAAGCUAAUCCAACCCAUCCAACUGGUUUCUGUGGAACAACAGGAACCAGGACAAUAGCCCUGCUACCGCCCCGGCUACGUACCUCCCCGGCCUGGCCUCUCCUCCUCUUCCUCUCCCUCACUCCCUCCCAACCUGGGAGGGAGCCAGGCUGGACGUAGGGUCCUAUGCGUAAACAGAGCCCCAGAUGAUGGUCAACGUCGGCGAAACCGACAGUGGAGGGAAAAGGGGUUAUUUGUCCUGGGCCCAGGGAGAGGGGAGCUCUCAUUGCAUAUGUAUGGCAAAAGAGGCCCUUUCAGAUGAUUUGGUUGUGGGCCUGCCAAAAGCUGUCAGCUGCCUUGGUCAUUGUGACCUCCCUCAUGACCUUUCACCUCUCUGUGGGGCCACUUGCCCUUUUGUUUUUUUGUUGUUGUUUUUAAAAAAGAAAGUAUUAUUAUUACGAGCGCUGGUCAUUGGGCAAGGCAACAAGUGAACUUUAACCACAUUUUAAGUUUAACAUCAUCAGUGUGUUGUUGUGCAAUGACUUAGAAUGAGGAAAUGUGAAUGUGAUGGGCAUCUCUUCAUUUGAUACUUGCGCUGGCAAUUUUAAUUACAAAUUACAUUUCCCUUCCAUGGAAGGUGUAUGUUUCAUUACUUUGCUUCAGAGGACCGUGUCACGCUUUUGUCUGCUAUGAGGAACUGAUGGAUAUUGUCGAGAACCACUCUCCCAGGGAAGUAGAUAAAGAUAUUAUGCGCAAAUAACAUUAUAAAAUGAGUCAAGGUUAGCUGGUCUGUACAGUUCUCAGAGUUAUUGUCUUACAGUGCUGCCUGUUCAUGAAGAACACUGAAGUCAUGUGUUUGGCACAGCCAAGACAAAGUUUUCGUCUGUGUGUGUACGCAUGAACAGAGUGGCCUACAGCUAUCAUGCGGGACAUCUUGUUUGUAAACAAUUUUCGACUCAUGGGUUUUCUUAAGUCUCGUGUCUUUAACACAACUUCAGUGUUGGUUCUUAUUUUCUGCAUUUUGUUGUAAAAGUCUGUAGUAAAAUACAACUAAGUUACCGGUAUUUCCAGAUCUUGAAGGACAUCUAGACAUAGAAAAAGACAUAGAUUGGGGUUACAUUUUAUUUGAAGGUAUCUACGUAAGAGGGACUUGAGCUUGUUGUGAGCAUGACUUGACGUAUCUUAUAGGUGUUAUUGAUGUUCAUAAUAUGUGUCAUGUCGUGUUUGUAAGGGGCUCACGGCACCCCUAUGGAGACACCGUCAAACAAAGUGUAACACUAAGACUGAACUCAUGUUGUCAAAACUCAAAACCAACAUAGUGGUGGUUUUGGUGCUGUUCAUUCUGCUUAUUUUGUCAACAACAAUAAUAGUAAGACCGAGGUGUGUGUGUGUGCGUGUGUGUGUGCGUGUGUGUGUGUGUGUGUGUGUGUGCGUGUGCGUGUGCGCGUGUGUGUGUGUGUGUGUGUGUGUGUGUGUGUGUGUGUGUGUGUGUGUGUGUGUGUGUGUGUGUGUGUGUGUGCUGUGUUUGUGUGGGGUUUGGGCCACUUGAGUAGUUGUCUUUGCACAGGUAGUGUCAGCAAUCCUUAACAUAAUAGCAUGUAACCUAAUAAAACUAUUGGUUUGCACUUUGAGUUUCAAAUGUUUUUGAGGAAUUGAGUCAACCCAACCUCAGAGUUUGGGCUCUGGGCUUACAAGAAACUGGCUGGUAUUGGUUGGCAGAGGAACAGAAAACUGCACUGAGAGAAUGGAACUGAGGCUCUGGUAUUUUUUGCCAGAGAAUUAACUGAAAGCUGAUUCAUUUCAUUUUACCAAAGGAAUGGUGUUCUGGUGUCAAUAAGACAACCUCAGAGCUACUUGGAUCUCUUGAGAAAAAUCACAGAAUGUGUACUAGUGUUAAAUGUUAGUGUUGGCCAAGAAUAGUGACUUCACAUACGGUAGGUAGUUUAAGGGACCAGGAGUUUUUUUUUUUUUUUUACCUCCGUGAAGGUCCAGAGAAAUGUUCAGUUAAGGCAGGCAGACUUUUAAAAACUUCUACCCAAGAUUUCUUGCAAACAAAUCAUAGAAAAAUGCUGUUUUAUGUCGACACUACCAAAACAAAAUCCUAAUGGCUAAUAUCAGUAUAUAAUAAUAGCUAGGGCAGUGUGGCUAAUAAUAGCUCAUAAUGAUAAUAACAACAAUGUAGCGUGGCUGUUUAUAACAACUUGACAUGUCUGAUUCGCUGUGCGUCUCAUGUACAUAUCGUAUAUUAGCGUUUGUGAACUAUAGACGUGACUAAAGUGGUGAAAGUAAGCAUGCUCUGCUCUGUCUCUCUCUUUCUCUCGCAGCAACAAGUGACCGCCCAGCUGCUGUUGGCUGUGGGGACGGCGGUGAUCGGCUCGCUGCAGUUCGGCUACAACACCGGUGUCAUCAACGCCCCUCAAAAGAUCAUUGAGAACUUCUACAAUGAGACCUGGUUCGACCGGUAUCAGGAACAGAUCACCAAAACCAGCCUCAUCACGCUAUGGUCCAUCUCCGUCUCCAUGUUCUCAGUGGGAGGCAUCUUUGGCUCCUUCUCCGUGGGAGUUUUCGUCAAUCGUUUUGGAAGGAAGAACUCCAUGCUGAUGGCCAACAGCCUUGCCUUCAUCUCCGCCGCUCUCAUGGGCUUCUCCAAGAUGGCCGGUUCCUGGGAGAUGCUGAUGAUUGGCCGCUUCGUGAUUGGCCUGUACUCGGGCAUGUCCACGGGGUUCGUGCCCAUGUACGUGGGGGAGGUGUCGCCCACCGCCCUGCGAGGAGCCCUGGGUACCCUCCACCAGCUGGGAAUCGUCACGGGCAUCCUGAUUGCACAGGUGUUUGGCAUGGAGAGCAUCAUGGGUAACCGGGACUUGUGGCCUCUGCUGCUCGGCUUCACCUUCAUCCCGGCGGUGUUUCAGUGCUGCCUCUUCCCCUUCUGCCCCGAGAGCCCACGCUUCCUCCUCAUCAACCGCAACGAGGAGAACAAGGCCAAGGCCGCUCUGAAGAAGCUGCGCGGUACGUCGGACGUGAGUGCGGACAUGCAGGAGAUGAAGGAGGAGAGCAGGCAGAUGAUGAGGGAGAAGAAGGUGACCAUCCCCGAGCUCUUCAGGUCGCCGACCUACCGCCAGCCCAUGAUCAUCGCCAUCAUGCUGCAGCUCUCACAGCAGCUCUCUGGCAUCAACGCCGUGUUCUACUACUCCACCAGUAUCUUCGAGAAGGCCAAAGUGGCCCAGCCUGUGUACGCCACCAUUGGAGCCGGUGUGGUCAACACAGCCUUCACCGUGGUCUCGUUGUUUGUGGUGGAGCGUGCUGGCAGGCGGUCUCUGCACCUGCUGGGGUUGAUAGGCAUGGCUGCCUCCGCUGUGCUCUUGACCAUCGCUAUGGCCCUGCAGGCGCAGCUUGAGUGGAUGUCCUACCUCAGCAUCGUGGCCAUCUUUGGCUUCGUGGCGUUCUUCGAGAUCGGACCGGGCCCCAUCCCCUGGUUCAUCGUGGCCGAGCUCUUCAGCCAGGGGCCCAGGCCCGCCGCCAUGUCCGUGGCCGGCUUCUGCAACUGGACGGCCAACUUCAUUGUGGGCAUGGGCUUCCAAUACGUUGAGGAGGUGACGGGGCCGUACGUGUUUGUCAUCUUCACCGUGCUCCUCAUCUUCUUCUUCAUCUUCACCUACUUCAAAGUCCCGGAGACCAAAGGCCGGACGUUCGACGAGAUCGCGGCAGGUUUCCGCCAGUCGUCCGCCACCGGCGCCGAAAAGCACCCGGAGGAGCUCAACAGUUUGGGGGCAGACUCUCAGCUCUGAGACCCCCCCCCCCCCAAACCAAACGCUCCACCACCCUCCAUCCUCCAUCCUCCACCUUGACCCACCCCUCAUCAUCCUGACGGGGUCUAUCACACUGUGUUUAAUCCCCACUCUUGCCCCCCCCAACCCCUCCACCCCUCAUCAUCCUGACGGGGGUCUAUCACCCAACCCCUUCUUCUUCAUUCAGUUGCGUCAGCACUGUGUUUCACUCCUUACAACAGGGUCUAUCAACCACCACCACCACCUUCCUUCAGCUGCUUCAGCACUGUCUUUAACCCCCACUCUUGCCCCACCCCAGAAAUUCUCCCUAAAACAACCUCUUGAGACUGAUAGACUGGCUCAUUAUAGGCUAAUACUGUACAUCUCCAUCCUCAGUAGAGUAGACAUUCAUUGUCAAGAGGCUAAACCUGCUGCCUCUCUCAGUUCACCUCCGUAAUCACCUCCGCUCUCAUUGCUGAUGUCUUCCUAUUUGAGAUUUUACUUUUCUUUUCAUGCUGCUUUUCUCCUGUAGAGAGCAGAAUAAGGUCAACCGACUAACUAAAACUGGUAGCCCCCAAGAAGCCAUUGUGUUGUGGAGAGAGGGUGUGAACAUUGUGGUCACCUUGAUCAUGGUUGGGGAGAACGGAGAGAAGAUUAUGGAGGGGAAGAGAGGAGAGGAAAGGAGGAAAGAAGAGGUGUCAUAAAGAGGUCACAUGGUGAUGAGGAUGAUGGGGCAGUGUGAUGUUCCGACUGACUGUUUCUGUCUAACUACUUCGAAGCUUCCCUGCUUGUGCUCUUUCUAAAUGUUUACCUCUAGACUGUUACUUUACACUGUACUGACUGCUGCUUGAGUGGACACAUAGCGAUGGCUUCACUCUCCCCCCCCAGCCCCCACCCCACCCCCCCUCCUAUCCUGACUCUCUCCUCUCCUCUUUCUAUCUCUCCCUGCUGUUCAUAUCAGUAGAUGAUCUUUACUAGGGGUCUUUUGGGCCUUUUGUUACUACUUUAUGCUGACAAAAAAAAGUUGUUUGACAACAACAAAAAAAGAGAAGUUGGUGAAGAGGAAGGAGAGACCCUUAUUCCAAUGGUUAGACCUUUCAGCUGAGUGUCAUGCCCAUGCCAGUCCUGUGGGGGGUACUAGCGAGACACUCUUUUCAGUUUCCUACUUGACAAGACGGUUUCAGGUUACUGCUGAGCAAAAUGGAGACCCAGAACUGUAUUUAUUUGUCAGACAUUUCUUCAUGAAUAGAAACUCGUCAUAUACAUAUAUAUAUAUUUUAGUGCUUACACUGAUUGUUAAUGAUCAUUUGUAUUCUGAAGAAGAAUCGUUAUCAUGUAAAUAUAUAUUUUUUACACUUGUUUGAAGGUAUUUUAUCCACAAUAUGGAACUGUAAGAUAUUUUAGCGAGCAAAUGAAAUGUAGAGUCAUGAAAUAAACCAAAUCAUGAAGUUUAAGAUGCUGUAGGAUUUCUAGCAAGACUUUCAAAACAGUUGCAUGAAGAAGAAAAAAAAACAUCUGAUGCUUACAGAUUAAAAUGUUACUUCUGAAGAAGGAGCCAGCGUGUCCUCCCAGAGUUUACAAUCAACUGCUCUGGGUCAGUGACACCCUAGCUCAGAAUGUACGUAGGCUGGUUGCCAGGGAAGGGGGGAAGGAGUUAUUUUCAUCAACACCUCUCACCAUCGCAUCCGUUUCUCUGAUGCUGCAUUUGGCACAAACAAUUCACUGAUAUGCCUUAUUAGUCCAAACCCAAUCAAUAACAACAAUUUACAAGAGCACACCAGAUCAUCCCAUUGACUCCCACCCCUGCAGAGGCAUUUGCUGUUUCAUGUAUCACUACUAGUGUCAUGCAGGCUCUUUUAAUAGUGUCAUUGACAGUGCGGAAAGUGACAGACAAGGUGCAUCCUUUGCAAGAGGGACCAAGUCAGGUGGCAAUUUUGGUGGGGUUUCGUCUGCGCCGCGCCCGCUUUUGCAAUCACAGUCCACUCGGUGGAUCACUGCACUGGCGUUGAAGAGAGCUAGCCUGUACAAUUAGUUCCAUGCCAGGCAGGUCGUGCCGUGUGUUCAGUUUGCACUUCUGUCACCACAGUUACUGCUCGCGGCACCCCUUGUGACUCAGAACCGGGGCACGGGUUCCCUGUGCGCAUCCUCCACGUUUUGAUGUUGCUGCAAUCGGUCACUAUUGCUGUUGCGUUUGUGCGAUUAUUUUUGUCUUCGCCUGCUGUCUCAAGCCUGCUGUGCCACCCCAAGAGUGUUCCAUUGUCUACUAGCAGCACUUUACCAAGCCGGUCACUGCCAGCCAGCCUCCACUGUAACUAUACCAGCGCAGUUUUCACCGCUCAGGUGCAGGGAUGCCAGGUUGGCCCGUUUCCCGCCCAAUAGGGUUGUUUAGGACAACCAUCUGAGGAUAAAAAUGUAUUUGGCCGGGUGAUCCUGAUGAUUAAUGGCCAUAUAAAUGAAUGCAGUUUAGUUCAAAUUGGGCGGGAUGUAGUGCCACCGGGUGCUUUUUGAGCAUUUAUUAGGCUUGAAAUCAUCAGUCACAUUUGGCAAGCCUGCUCAGGUGGUCUGGAAGCCUGUCAUGGACAGGGAGUAAUGUAGGUAAUCAUCAAAUCAGACACCAGCAAGCCUUAAAAGUGUGACCUGAGAAGGUGCUAGAGUUGGGUGUGUUUCGUUCUGUGUUUCUCGGGGGUCAUGCUUUCUUCCGUUUGUAGUGUCCAUUGCGAGACACCCCUGAAGGGUUUUUGAACUGUUUCUGUCAGCUGGUGGUUUGUAUGCUCACCAAACCUUGACGGAAACCCUUCAAAGGUUUCCAGACCACUACAAAUGUGCAUUGUCAGCAUUAGGCUGGUAGCUUUUCUCCGGAAGACAGUUUGAUAUUACUGAAUUUAUGUUACUGAAUAGUAGAAGGUUGAGACUUGUAGUGCUGGAUGCACUGAACAUUUGAACCAACUAACCCAACCGUUGUUUUGGUGAACAACGUACUAUACAGUAGCAGGCCUAGAAUGUUAGUAACCUAACCUGAAGCGUGACAUGGAACAGAAAUCAACUUUUAACUUGACUUUGUUGAUAUGCGAGAGGUUGUGUAUGGCCACAAACAAUGUAAUGAAUGUGACACGUAGCUGAAUGCUGUUUCAUAUCUGAACCCCAAACGUCUAAAAAGGCACUCAAAAUGGGCCAGAACAGUCUUGUUGUCACUUCAUAUUCAUCUGGUAAUGAAUUGUGAUGGCCAGAAGUGGACGUCCAUCUAGAUAAAAAAUGUCCAAUUUCAAACUAAAUACAAUCUUGGACAUUCGUACAUUUUUCUUUAAAGAAAGAAUUAGAGCUGUUUUAUUUUGACAUGAAUUACGAAGGCACAAUGCUUCAUUCAGCCUUCAUAAUACCCCCUUUACAUCAACCUGUAAACCGUCAUUGCCUAGUUACGGUAACCACAGCGAUGUUAGGGUCCAAGCAGGCAUUAUCACCAGUACAGAAGCUGGAUUUAUUGAAAGCAUUCCAUGAUGACCAUUGGAUGGAUCUCUUUGUAGUAUGGUUGGAGCCUUGGUAAACUAAAGGUAAUCUGAACCAAAGAUUUGGCCUUGCCUGUGCUAUCAUCAUCAACCAGUAAGACAACUUUGCACUUGAGUAUUUUUUUUUUGUGCAUCUAGUUUGAGCGUUGAAACCUUUGUCCACUGGAGUUUUUAAUUGUCAAGCGUUUUAACUGACAUUUAUGACAUAGGCACCCAAGAUGGCUAAAGCAAACCCCUCACCUGCUCGUGAUUUUUCUAAUGGAAUAGAGAUGGUUCACUUUAUUUUUUAUUAGCAUCACUUUUUUUUGUUGUUGUAAAUACUAUAAAUAAUCAGAAUCAAGUGUAUAAUGCGUCAAGUUUUAAAGAGUGCCUCCCACAUCAUUUUACUAUGAUUCCCCUCCCCCCUUCAUGAUUUUUCAUGAUUUUCAUGAUUCAUGAAAAUUAUGCACAUUUUCCCCCCUCUUAUCUGAUGCGCUGUCCAUCAUUCUUAUACUGUAAAUCAUUGUAACAAGGCUUUUAUCGUUCAAGGAUAAACUAUUUAUUAGUUGUAAUUUAAUUAGUUUUUUGUGUUUCAUUUUGUUGUUGUUGGUUUGAAAUAGAGUUUACUGUAUGUGCUGUGUUUAAAGAGAGGACUGGCUUCAGAAUGCCCCUGUGUGUGAGUGUGUAUGAGUCAGUAACGUGACGUCAAUGGCAGAAGGACGUUUUGUAAAAACUGUGCCAUGAAGAUGUAUGUACGCCUUCCACCUGACUGUUCUUCCCUUUUUUUUGUAAGAUUUACACAACGUUUGGUGUUUGAAACAAAUAAAAGCAUACAGAACUCUUCAACCGAA